GUUUUUCAUAGUUUUCUACACUAUCCAAUAGUGUUUCAGCGGAGAACUUCUGGACUUUCUCAGAGCUGUACUAAGCUCGGCCGCGGAAUUCAUUAAUUCUGCUUGACUAUGGAUGUUCCCCGUGUGCUCCUCGAAACCCGAGCAAAGCACAGCUUCCGUUACGAGGAUGGUUAUGACGGAGUUGCUAGCGACGACCUCUUAACACUACUUCGCAUUACCCGGGAAGCAACACUGUCCCUCGAAGAAGAGCUUUCAAGGCGACGAAACUUCGAGUUAGACGUUUCGGACAAGGUCAAGUCUUGCAUCAGGAAACUUCGAUCUAGCAUAGACACACUGAAUGUCACGGAACGAUUCGAAGACCCUUCCAAGCAGCUCCCCGCUGCAAUCAAGGCACUCAAAGGAGAUUCCACUGAACGAAAGACAACAACCUACAAGCAAUUUCUCGAGGACGUGCAGAAGCAGUGCAGUCCUGGAGCGGUCGUACUGUGCGCUUGGGCAAUUGGCAAGGGUGGAAUUGUUGGGCUAAAGAAAACGGAGAGGAUCGAGCUAUUGAGGUAUCUCAAGCGGCACGUCAGCCAAUUCAAGCAUCCUACUCUUGAUGAAGUCGCGUCAGGGAGCAGAAUUGGAACUACGGCAGGCAACCCCAUCGGUACAGCCAGUACAAUACACCCUCUGCCCGUCGAGAGGCAAAUUGAGUAUAAAUACUCCGAGGCAGAUGUUGAUCUGCUUCCCUUGAUAGGGAAUGACCUCCUUUCUGCAUUAAAGACCAGUAGACAGUGGGAAUGGGAGCUGCAAACAGGUCACUUGCACAGAACUACAGAUUGUAUCGCAGGGCUAACACCAAGAACUCGAGGCGACAUAGCUCUUCACUUGCUCCUUGGCUUUGAAGAAGGAAGUAAAAUUAUUGAAAGGCUUCGGAUGGCAGCCGUUUAGAUGAAUGCUAUGUGUGCCUUGAUCACGCGAACCUUGUUGUUCUUAGGUACUAGGUGAAUAUCG